AUGACCAAGGUCUUCGUCGGGAUCGCGGUCGGCCUCAUGGCCCUCAAGGCGCUCGCGAUCGCGACGACGCAUGGCUUGGCCGCCGGCGACGUCGUCAUCGAGGGCGUCCUCGUCUUCCUCAUGGUCGUGUCCUACGCUGGCGCCAUCUUCGUCUCGCCCUCGCUCUCGGUGGCCGCGCUCCUCUCGCCCGAGGACGGGGACAUCGACACCGAAGCCCGCUACUGUGAGAAAUGCGACUGCGUCAAGCCCGAUAACUUCCACCAUUGCUCUGUCUGCAUGCGCUGCAUCUCGCGCAUGGACCACCACUGCCCAUGGACGUCCAACUGCGUCGGCGAGCGCACCAAGAAGAUCUUUAUCCUCUUCCUCUUCUACACGUCGCUCUCGUGCCUUUGGUCGGCGUCGCUUCUCGUGGGCUCGACGGGCCACCGCAGCCUCUUUGUGUCGUUCAUUACCGUGCUGAGCUUUGGCGUUGGGUUCCUCCUCGGCGGGUACUGUCUCUUCCAUCUCUACCUCCUCUCGCAGGGCAAGACGACGCUGGACUUUAUGGCCGGUCGUAGCGGCAACGCGCUGGGUUUUGCCGCGAACCUGCGCGUCUACUUUGGCCACGAGUGGUGGCUCUACUUGGUGCCCAUCGUGCCGCCGUCCAUUCGCUUCGGUCACCUCCAGUCGCUGCGGUCGGACGACGAGCGCGCCGGGCUGCGUGGCGACGCCGUAUGA